CAUAAUUUUAGUCGUCUUCUCCAAACACAGCCAGGCUAUUACACAGGUGCUGUACAUAAACAACCAUCGGCGGCAGUCUAACAGAGCUUCAGCAUCCACCGGAACACCUCCACCUCUGAAGCUCAGCCCAGGCUAGAGCCUACCAAAGCCUACAAGUGUAACAAUUUUCUGCUGUUUCGCGGCUUGCUGCUCUCCGCCAGUUAUCGGUGGCCGUCCGGUGACUUAAAAGCUGGUUGAUGGUGGUGAACUUAAAGUAUUGCUGCUAUCACAGAUGAGGAGUUUAGUUGGAAUCAUAGGAAGAUCCUUAGUUAUGUCUCAAAGAAUUAGGGUUCUUCCCAUUAAGAGUUGUAUGAUAUCCAUCCCAGUUGGUUCUCCUUGGCUCUAUUCACUCGUUGAGGGUGCGACUCAAGUUAUUGUCAAUUAUAAGCUGAUUGCAACCCAGGCAUCUGUGGAUUUGGAUGAGGUUGCACAAGCUAACUUAAAUAUGAUUCUUGCUACUAUUCAGAAGACUCCGAGGUCGACUGAAGAAAUCUGUAUUAAUUAUCUUGUUAAGCUAUGUGAUGGUGGGAGUCUUUCCGUUGCCGCUAGAUUGCUCGAAUUUUUACAAAAUAGAAAUAUUUUUCCUGGCCCUAGUGCUUAUAAUAUCGUUAUGGAAGCUGCAAUUGAAGCUAAUCAGCUUGAGAUUGUGAUUCAGGUUUUCAAACAUUUGAUGAUGUCCGGUCAAUCUAUGCCUCCUAGUUCUUGUCUUAAUCUUGCCAAGGGCUUUAUGAACACAGUCGAUGAUGUUCUGUUAUUGAGACUCGUUAAACAAGUGUCGGAGCUGAUAUUUCCAAUAAACAUGAUGGUCAUAAAUAAAAUCAUCUUUGCCUUUGGUGAAUGUAGGCAGUUUGACAAAGCCCUUCUUAUAUUUUAUCAGAUAAAAGAGCUGAAAUGUAGGACAGAUUUGAUCACAUAUAAUACAAUUUUGGAUAUCUUAGGCCGUGCAGGUCGGGUUGAUGAAAUGCUCCUCGAGUUUUCUUUUAUGAAGGAAGCAGGAAUAGAUCCAGACUUUAUUUCUUACAAUACAUUAUUAAACCAGUUGCAGAAGGCAGGAAGGUUGGAUUUGUGUUUGGUAUACAUAAAGGAAAUGUGUGAGAGUGGCAUUAGACCUGAUUUGCUUACAUAUACAGCACUAAUUUAUAGUUUUGGAAGAUCAGGGAACCUGGAGGAGUCCUUGAGUCUUUUUGACGAUAUGAAGAUAAGGCAGAUCCAUCCAUCAAUUUAUGUUUAUCGAUCGUUAAUCAAUACUGCGAAGAAAGUGGGAAAAGUAGAGUUAGCCCUUACCCUUUUGGAGGAGAUGAAUGCAUCUCCCCAAAAUCUGACUGGCUCAAUUGGUUACAAACAAAAAAGGCGGUAGUUUAACUCAAUAUAUCUGAAUUCUUGUGAUUGUUUCCGAGUUGGCAACUUUGUACGUUAAUUCAAGCUUCUGAGCUGAGGAAUUGCAUUGUGACUUAGUACUCGAGUCUCUUGAGAGUUAUCGGAAGUCAGAUUUACCCAUUGAUCACUUGCUGCUUUCUACUUUGCUUUCAUUGGAUGGAGCCAGACUUUUAUCUUGUCGCUCAACCCAGUAAAAGGAGCAAGGCUGGCAUUUUACCUCUGGUCAUCUAUUGGUACGUUUGUUCCUUCAUUAACUUUUCUAAUUUUUCUGAUAAAUGUAAAUGCAGUGUAGGGAUUAAUUACUUGGCGAGAUACUUUUUCUGCUGCUACGAUCAUUGUUAGUGUACUUCUACAUGCUAUUUGAUGCAAAACAUUUAGCAGAAUAUAAUAUAAGAUGGUAAGAAUUAUGUAUCAUGCUAUGAUGUUUAUAUGUGUGGACUUUGUUAUAAAGAAUUUUGAUUUGAUUUGAUUUGA